CCUGACUGUAAUAAGUAGUUGGGUACAUUUUCAUUUUGCCUAUCGUUUCUUAAAAUUCUCUCAUAUUUCAUAACUCCCCCUCUCAUAUUACUAAUACCUUGAUAUUGUAUAUUAGAAUCCUGGAAGCAGAUUGAAUCUUCAUUGAUGCAUUUCGUCGAAGAAAGCUGACUGAAACCCCGAGGAGAGCAAAUGACGAAUCAUGAUUGGAAGAAGUCUUUCGAAUCCUUUGUCCGGAGACACAUCGAUCAAGAGAAAGAUGAGCAGCUGAAAGGCAAUAAAGAAGAAAGAACGGAGAAGAAGGAGAGCGUCGCUCACAAGCCGUCGGUUUUCGAGUUUAUCGUCGUUCAACUGUCGUUUCUGGGUUUCGUCCAUCCGAUCGACCAAGAACAAAUAGAAAAAGAAGAGGUAUCGGCAACCCUCAAGAAAGAGGCUGCCGGUACAGGGCAAUCACUGGCGGCAGGGCAGGGGCGAGUCCUGUGGAGGUACGGGCGUCUUCAAUCUCCCCGGUACAGAACAGUCUUCAAUCUUGCCGAGCACCUUCAAUCUCGCCGGUACAGAGCAGUCUUCAAUCUCGCCGGGCGGCUUCAAUCUCGCCGGUACAGAGCAGUAUUCAAGCUCGCCGGCCGUCUUCAAUCUCGGCGGUACAGGCCAGUCUUCAAUCUCGCCGGGCGUAGCUUGCCUGCAAUCUCGUCGGAAACCUAGAAUUUGUUCGUGGAGUACGGGGAAGACGAAGAAGAAAGAUGGGAAGGGAAAAGGAGAGAGAAGCCCGACCCUCGGGCCUCAAGUCCUCAACUUUCUUUUUCCAUUUUUCCAUUUUUCAAUUUUUUAUACAAAUAAUUUAAUUCUUUUUUAUUUUGAUUUUGGCUGAAGGAUUAUGAAUGAUGAGAGAGGAACAAUCAAUUCAAUGCAUUCCAAUUAAAAUUUUC